CCUCUCGGCUCUCCCAGGGAUUCUAGCAGAGCCCCCCGGGGUGCCCAUCAAUUUCCGUGGGUGACUACAGCGUGUGUUUGUUUUUCUUUCUUCUUUCCCCUCCCUGUGUGCCCUUCUCCAGGAUGGCAGAGGCGGAAUUGCACAAGGAAAGGCUGCAAGCCAUAGCAGAAAAAAGAAAGAGACAGACUGAAAUAGAAGGCAAGCGACAAGAGCUUGACGAGCAGAUACUUCUGCUGCAGCAUUGCAAGUCGAAAGUGCUUCGAGAAAAAUGGCUGCUGCAGGGUAUACCUGCUGGUACUGUCGAAGAGGAGGAAGCCAGGAGACGGCAGUCUGAGGAGGAUGAGUUCAGAGUCAAACAACUAGAAGAUAACAUUCAGAGGCUGGAGCAGGAAAUACAAGCGCUAGAAAGUGAAGAGUCCCAGAUAUCUGCCAAAGAGCAAAUCAUCCUAGAGAAACUGAAAGAGACGGAAAAAUCCUUCAAGGACUUUCAGAAGAGCUUCUCCAAUACGGAUGGAGAUGCAGUAAAUUAUAUUUCCUCCCAGCUCCCCGACCUGCCAAUCCUCUAUUCACGAACAGCAGAACCGUCACCUGGGCAGGACGGGACCAGCAGAGCAGCUGCUGUGUACGCCAUGGAAAUUAAUGUGGAGAAAGACAAACAAACAGGAGAGACCAAGAUUCUCUCUGCAUCCACCAUUGGCCCAGAGGGGGUCCAUCAGAGAGGAGUCAAAGUCUAUGAUGAUGGUACCAAAGUAGUGUAUGAGGUGCACUCGGGAGGCACCGUAGUAGAAAACGGAGUGCACAAAUUAAGCUCCAAGGAUGUAGAAGAGCUUAUUCAGAAGGCUGGACAAUCAAGCUUAAGAGGAGGGCACGUGUCAGAAAGGAUUGUGACUGCAGAUGGGAGCCUCGGCCACCCUAAGGAACACAUGCUCUGCAAAGAGGCCAAGUUAGAAAUGGUACAUAAGUCUAGGAAAGAUCAUUCUUCUGGGAACCCAGGGCAGAAGGUCCAAGCCCCCAGCACUGGAGGCCCGGAGGCAAACUUGGAUCAGCCAGUCACCAUGAUUUUCAUGGGCUAUCAAAAUAUCGAGGAUGAAGAGGAGACUAAAAAGGUGCUAGGCUAUGAUGAAACCAUCAAGGCUGAAUUGGUCCUCAUUGACGAAGAUGAUGAGAAGUCAUUGAGGGAGAAGACGGUGACGGAUGUGUCCACUAUUGAUGGGAAUGCAGCGGAGCUUGUGUCUGGGAGGCCGGUCUCAGACACCACAGAACCCUCAUCCCCAGAAGGGAAGGAAGAGAGCCUGGCCACAGAGCCAGCCCCAGGAAUCGGAUGGGAGAGUGUGCUGCUAAAGGGAGAUGAGGAAGCCUCUGAUGCCACAGAAACAUCCAGUGCAGACAUGACUGUUAAGAAGCCUCCCCAGCUUUCUGAGGAUGAUAUUCGGCUAAAAUACGAGAGAGACGAUUGUAGUGCCAAGAACACCCUGGAUCCUGCAAUCAGCUCUCUUCCCCCAGAUCACCAAAACAUGGAAAUUGAGGUCUCUGUUGCAGAAUGUAAGAGUGUUCCUGGAAUCACCUCUACUCCACAUUCCAUGGACCACCCCUCCCCUUUUUACUCGCCCCCCCACAAUGGCCUCCUCGCCGAUCACCACGAAUCUCUGGAUAAUGAUGUGGCCAGAGAGAUUCGAUAUCUAGACGAGGUAUUGGAGGCCAACUGCUGUGAUUCUGCCGUGGACGGAGCUUACAACGGCACAUCCUCCCCGGAGCCUGGAGCAGCUAUCCUGGUGGGCAACUUAAGCCCGCCUGCCCACACAGCCGUCCAGCUGGAACCCACUGAGAGAGCAGCGGGCAGGCAGGUGCCUCCUCACAUUGAGCUCAGUAAAAGCAACUCUGACACCAUGGCAGAGGGUGAAAGAGUGAAUGGCCACUCCCCUGACCAGCCCAGAGAUCUGCUGGGGGACAGCCUGCAGGCACCUGUGAGCCCCAGCUCCUCCACCAGCUCGUGGUGUUCGUCCCGAGAUGGGGAAUUCACGCUCACCACUCUGAAGAAGGAAGCCAAGUUCGAGCUGCGUGCCUUCCACGAGGACAAGAAGCCCUCCAAGCUCUUUGAAGAUGAUGAGAAUGCAAAAGAACAGUACUGUGUCCGGAAGGUGAGGCCUUCGGAAGAGAUGCUGGAGCUGGAAAAGGAGAGGAGGGAACUCAUUCGGAGCCAGGCCGUGAAAAAGAAUCCUGGCAUUGCGGCAAAAUGGUGGAAUCCUCCCCAGGAAAAAUCCAUCGAGGAACAGCUGGAUGAGGAACAUCUGGAGUCACACAAAAAGUACAAGGAGCGCAAGGAGAGAAGGGCACAGCAGGAGCAGUUGCUGAUGCAGCAGCAGCAGCAGCAGCGGCGGGGGCAGCAGCCCCCACCGCAGCUCUGCACAGCCCCUGCAUCCUCUCGGGAACCUUCCAGCAUGACUGAACACGCAAAGGAGGACAUCGUCACAGAGCAGAUAGAUUUCUCUGCUGCCCGCAAACAGUUCCAGCUGAUGGAGAAUUCCAGGCAAACAGCGGCCAAGGGCCAGAGUACCCCCCGGCUGUUCUCUAUCAAGCCCUUCUACAGGCCUCUGGGGUCAAUCAGCUCAGACAAGCCACUGACCGUCUCGAGACCAGCUUCCGUCGGAGGACAUCUAGAAGACAGUGGCUCAUCGGUAGCCAAGGGGCAGAAAGCCCACUGUGCCCUGGAGAGCCAGUGUCCCGGAGCAGGCCAGGGCAGUGCAGCUCCACAGGGGAGGGAGGGGCCUUACAGCGAGCCCUCCAAACGCGGGCCCUUAUCCAAACUGUGGGCGGAGGAUGGAGAGUUUACGAGUGCCCGGGCCGUUCUCACCGUGGUCAAGGAUGACGACCCUGGGAUUUUGGAUCAGUUUUCAAGGUCAGUCAAUGUCUCUUUGACCCAAGAGGAGCUUGACUCCGGUCUGGAUGAAUUGUCGGUGAGGUCCCAGGACACCACUGUCCUGGAGACUCUGUCCAAUGAUUUCAGCAUGGAUAACAUCAGUGACAGCGGGGCCUCCAAUGAGACAGCCAAUGCCCUCCAGGAAAAUUCACUGGCUGAUUUUUCCCUGCCUCAGACUCCCCAAACCGACAACCCCUCAGAAGGCCGAGGAGAAGGCGUCUCCAAGUCAUUUAGUGAUCACGGUUUCUAUUCCCCUUCGUCCACACUGGGACACUCUCCGUUGGUUGAUGACCCCUUGGAAUAUCAGGCUGGUCUUUUGGUGCAGAAUGCCAUUCAACAAGCCAUAGCUGAGCAAGUGGAUAGAGCUGCGUCUGACACCAGCAAGGGUGGAGCAGAAGAGCAGAGGCCAGAAGCAACACUACAGGAAGCUGGAACUGGAGCCCCCAGCUCAGAGAAGCCUCAGAGCAUGUUUGAGCCACCUCAAGUAUCCUCUCCUGUUCAAGAGAAAAGGGAUGUAAUACCAAAGAUCCUGCCUGCUGAAGGCAGGGCGCUCAGGGAACAGGGGCCCUCCCCGCCACUGCCCGCAGUGCAGCCCAGUGGCCCAAUAAACAUGGAGGAGACCAGACCGGAAGGGAGCUAUUUCAGCAAGUACUCAGAGGCAGCGGAGCUGAGAAGCACAGCCUCACUCCUGGCCACUCAAGAAUCAGAUGUGAUGGUUGGGCCCUUCAAGCUGAGGUCAAGGAAGCAGCGGACUUUGUCCAUGAUCGAAGAAGAGAUCCGAGCAGCCCAGGAAAGGGAAGAGGAGCUCAAGAGGCAGAGACAAGUCUUGCAGAGUACCCAGAGUUCCAGGGCAAAGAACGCCUCAUCGCUGCCCUCCCGAACACUGUGCUUCAAAACCGCCCCAGGGAAAAUAGAGAAAGUCAGACCUCCUCCAUCCCCCACACCUGAAGGCCCCAGCUCGCAGCCUGAGUUAGCCCCUGAAGAGGCUGCCGGAUCCCAGCGGCCCAAGAAUCUGAUGCAGACCCUCAUGGAAGACUAUGAGACACACAAAUCUAAAAGGCGCGAGAGAAUGGAUGAUAGUAGUGUCCUUGAGGCCACUCGGGUUAAUCGAAGAAAGAGCGCGCUGGCCUUGCGCUGGGAGGCAGGGAUCUAUGCCAACCAGGAGGAAGAGGACACUGAAUAGCAAACUUCUUCCAUCCAGGAAGCUUCAUUGGUGCUUGGGUUACCAAGAAACCAAGCAAUCAACACAUCAGAGCAUUUUAAUGGAACAUUUAUUAAAGUGCAAACAAACUCAGCAAUCCUUAUGUAGACCAGAGGCUGCAAUCUACCAUGAUGACACAUCACGUGACAAGUCCACACACCAAACUCCUAACACCCUGGAGUCAACAGAGAAGGGAUUUUUUUUUUUUUUUUUUUGCGACUCAAAGACUCACCUGGAUUUGGACCAAUCUACAACUGAUCAAAAAGGACAAAGAAAUUAUAAGCAAAUCAACAUGGUUGCUCCAGGCAGAACUGAGACCAGCCUGGCCGGGUGGUGAGGAAAAACAUUGGUGAUGAGGCCGUUCAGAGACCAGCAGAGCCCGAGCUGGUGCGAUCUACACGGCGUAGGGUAUUUAUUUCUCCGUGCUGGUUUCCCACCCCUUCUCAUAGCAUCCGAGGUGAUGGGUUAACUCCAUGUACUCCGGCAACCAUAAAAUGAAUAAUGCUUCUCUCUGUAUUUGCCGGGAAGAGGCAAUUACGAUUCCAUUUCUCUUACAGUGAAUUGUUUUUAAUUGGGAGCAAUUAAUGAUCACAAUACAUAAAAUCGAUAUUUUUAAGAAAAUGUAUCUUCAUGUUGCAAACACAAUCUAUUCUACAUUAGGAGGUUGAGGCGGGGGGAGGAAGCCAAACCAAAUGGAUUAUUUUAGCUUUAGGAUCUCGUCUGCUUCUAAUACUGACUGAUCUGCAGUUUAUGAGAACGCAUUUUCACGAUUAUGUUUCUUCAUAUGAGAACUAUAUUUAGUGGGCAACAACUAUUUUUAUGAUGGGAUGGGGGAAUAUAUACAUGUAUAAAACCUGUACACAUUGAACAGCCUGGUUCAAGAGGGUAGGGGUGUUUUUAGAGUGGCAAUAAUUGAGAAAAAGGAUAACUCUGCCUUAGAGAGGUAGGUGACAAGAAAUAAAAAGGGGUUUAUAUUUUAUAUGAUAAAGCGGACCUUAGGGAUGGCAGGAAGAAUGAGAGAUUAUUUUGGCUCAAUCAGAAAUGAAACAUUAAAGAAAGGUCACGAAGGUAUAGAGAGAUGAAGGGAGGGAGAAAGUGGGAAAAUAAGGAAGUAAGAGAUUUUUUUGCUGAGCAACCAGUGUUUUUCAGGAUCAUACAGAGAAAAAUGUAGGAUAGAAAUUUAAAUGCAGGCUUGGAAUCAGCUGCAAAUCCUAAAGAUGGUGUGUGUGUGUGUGUGCGUGCGCGUGUGCGUGCGCGUGUGCGUGCGCGUGUGCACACUUAACUUUGUUUUGUAAAGUGUGUAUGCUCAUGAGUAAGGGUGUGUGCAUUCGUGCAUGUGCGUGUGUGUGUGUGUGUGUGUGUGUGUAUUAAGAUUCUAGAAUGAUCAUGGGACAAGGGUGUACAGUUAUUUUCCUCCAAAGCUGUUAGCCAGCGUCAGGAGUGAGUGAGAAUUUCUUUUUUAUGAAAAGGGAUAUAGAGGCACCGAACUGAUGCAGUAUUUGUAAUAUUAAAUUGAUCUAACAUGGUAUUUGCAUGAGUCGCAAUGGCAGAAUUUUGAGCGGUUUUGUAAUUUGACAUUUAGGAAAGUAUCAUAUUUAUUCUCAUGCUUUGUAUUCAUACUUAGUAAGUAUACUCUAGAGGAUGCCAGCUUUAGUGUUUCUAUCAUUCAAAGCAAUAUAAUAAGGGUAUUCAAUAAUUGGGUGCCCUAAAUUUCUGGAUGAGAAAAUUUCCAAUUCUGGCCACGAGAAAAACCUGACCAGCCUCUUUUUUUUUUUUUUGGCCUUUUGUUUUAAAACUGUGGUUUGAAAAAAAGCAAUAAUUAAGUCAGACCUCACUUAAUUUCAUUUGUUUUUAUAUUAUUGUGUCAUAAGCUCUAAUAUGUUAUUCUGACACGUAGCAAUUCCACAAAAUCUGUAUGUAGGUGUUAUGUACAUUAUUUUGCUUCUUUUAUUAGACUAGUGUUGACUUUAGAGGAAAGUUUAUUCACAGACAAGUGGUGGGCACAAAGUAAUAAUGGAACUGUCUGAUAAUUUACAAGGAUCCUUUAAAACUGCCAAGGGAACCUGCAAUUUGAAGCCAGAUUCUGCAUAUGGGCAUUUGGAGCCAUCUUAAUGUGGUUCAUCCUAACCUGAAUAUUGUGAAUGAAUCUUCCACAAAAUGUGCUAGCCAUUGGGGACGCCAAACAAAUAAGAUUCCUGCUACAAAGAAUUUAUUUUCUAGUGGGGGAGGCUAGCACGGAAACAGACAUUCUCAGGAAAAUGAGAUCUGGGUUAGAUUAGACAGGCAAAGUGGGACAAGCAGGAAAAAUAUUUUGCAUGAUCUAGACAAACUCCUCCAUCUUUCACAGGAGGAAUCGAUCCUCAGGAUUUAAGCUGAAGUUUUUCUGUUGUGAAGGAGACCUUGUACCCACCUUAAACUGAGGUUUGAGAAGAGAAUUUGCAACUGGAAGGAAAACUUAGGAGGGGGAGGCCACACAAUCUUGGAAUCGCUUUAGAGGCAGACAAAUCAGUCUUUGACUGCAGCUGCUUGAACCAGAGGCAUUUAUUCCUCAGAGAGAGUUGUAGAGCUGGAGUCCCUUGGUCCACGCUCCCCGUGUAGAUAAGGCAUCAAAUGCAGAGUUUCCUUGACCAUCCUGCAGUCACAUAGCUGUUUAAUUGUGGCCCCUGCGUCUCGAUGACGUUUGCUUGUUCCCUUCUACUGCCUUUUAGAUGACCGUUGUCUAUUUCCUCCCUCCACUCACUCAUAAUCCUAUUAACAUGUAAAUGACAGUUCCCUUGGAAGAGCCAGAUUUUCUCUGUGCUCUUGAGUUUUUUUACUCAUUUAAGAAACAUUGGGCCACCGCUUUGUACAUAGCACUGUGCUAGGCUCUGGGAUCCCAAACGAACCCCUAUUUAACUUUCUGAAGAUGCAACAGACCCCUGGAGGAAAGUUUGUUCCUGCCUAAUCCAUUGAGAGGAAGAGGCCUGUGGGAAACUUGGCCUCUGAUGCUUGUCCCCGCCCCUGAAUAGCACGCAAGCUUGUUAAUCUCAGCUAUAACUAAUGUUUAGAUUCUGUAGAUGUUAAAAGCUUUCCUGAAAGUAUUCCAUUCUGCAGUGUUUAUAGAUGUUCACUUUCCUCCGGAGCUGAUUAACUACUGACAUGCCUUGGCUUUCUCAUCCAGAAAUUAUGGAAACAGGGUCUGUCAGUGGCUGGAGGCCAGGCUGUGUUGUACUCAGAUGACACAAUGCAAUUUCUUUGCCUCUCUCUCUACACCCGUGCAUGCUGCCCACCCUAGAAAGUGACAUUGAAGCAGUAUCCACAUAUAUACGCAACACGCACAUAUUAAAAAUCAUAACAAGGAACACUAAAACGGUGUUGACUCUUGUCUCUGAAGACAAAUAAUCAAACAUUUUUUUCAACUAAAAUAGAUGUAAUUACACUAUGUACUGAAAAAAAUAGCCUAAGUGUUUAGAGAUGGUGAUUAUAUCCAGUUUUAGUGACAGAACCAAUUUCCUGAAUUUUAAGCAUUCAGUGAGUGAGCUGCCAAUUUUAAUUUUGUGUUGCUCUUUACCAAAAUGACUUUUUUUUUUUUUUUGGAGGAGGAGGGGGGGAAAAAGCAAUACUGUGUUUGAAUAUUAAUACUCUGUACCUGGCUCUCCUGUGUAUGUUAACCACUUAAAUGUCAUUAUUCUGCUUCGGUUUUAUAGUGAUUGUGAGGCAUUCAAUGCAAGUAUACAAUUAUUUUCUCAUUAAAACGCAGUGUGUGUUGUGUUUUUAUAAA